CGCGACCGAACCAAAUGCCUGUGUACAAUCCAAAAAGCAAUACGCAUACUCAAAAAGUUAUUACCAAGGACGGGUGAGAGAGCCAGUAUCGCAAUGUGUGAUGUGUUGAUCCGAAUUUGAAUUUAACGAAAGGAUAUUUCCACAUUGCAUUCAGUCUUCAGAAGUGACUUGGUCGCGCUUGUCGUAUCAUCGCUAUAGUAGCACACACACACACACACACACAAUCUAACAUCGAUACGUGUGCUUUCUAUUUAUUUACAAACAUAGUAAACAUUCAUCAUCCGUACAAGAGAUACUACGGUCUUUGACGGAGUCAAAGACACACAUAAAAUGUGUACGCGUUCAGUUUAUUUGGAUUUCGUACCAAAUGUGAGCACACAAAAAUGUGGUUAAUUAUUCCGGUGAAAUGAACAAAACGAUUUGUCGGCUAUUUUAAAUCUGUUCUCGUCUAGUUUUCUAAACCAAAAAUUAACACUAACACAGUACGGUCGGUGCAUAUUCGAGCUGGAAACGGUUUGGUUUUUCUUUUUUUUUUCUCGGUUUUCAUCGUUAUUGUUUUAAAACCAAAAAUUAAAAAAAAUAUAGAUAUAUAUACCUAAUAGAACACGAUAAAGCGGAAUUUAAAUGCACAUAGGGCAUAAAUCAGAUUCGACGAAUUUACUUCCGGUUCGAAGGCUGAGUUUAUUGAAAUUGUCAACGUUUGGUAAUUGAAUUCAACCAUCAUUUAACUAUUCCUGUCUGGUUUAGAUCGCGCGCGACAUUCAUCACGAUGUAAAUAAAACGGAAUACGGCAAAUAAUUGAACAAUGUAAAAAUAAGUGGCGUUUGUAUUUAUCGGUGUGUGUUUAUAUGUGUUAUGUGAACCAAUUCAAUACCAUCCCUUAAAUGAAGAUAAAAGUAUAAUUGAUGGAAACCAAAACAACGGAUGAAAUAGAAAAAAAUCCAUACACAAGUUUUUAACGGUGCUGUUUCUAUGCCACUGUGAACAAAAACCAUAAUGGGAAUUCACAAGUCCAUGUCCGGCAAGUGUUAACGUUUAAUGUCAAAAAUGAAUAGACGCUCGAAAUACAACAGUGAACAUUUAAUUUGUAAAAUUUCGUAAUCGGUGUGAUAGAGGUCGAGGUGGUUAGGUGUGUGUGCGUGUAUGCCAGUUCAUUUUUCAUAAUAGUUGUCCGCCGACCGUUCCAUUUUAUCCGAUACAUACAAUCGCAGCAAACCUUUAGCGAUAAUUGAUAAUUGGCACCAGAUGUGUAAAUUGUGUUAGGUACACCAUUUAGCAUCGGGCAUUUAAGAGAUCAAAGCGUCCAGACUAUGUGACUACAAAAGAGAAAGCAGUGAGCAGUGAGCAGUGAAAAAAAAGAAAGAACGAAACGAGAGAGAGGGGGAGAGAGAGAGAGAGAGAGAGAGAGGGAGAGAAAAAGGAUCACAUUCAUGGUUGACGAAAUGCCUGUGCUGGUUGCAUUUACAGAUUCAGUGCCUUAUUCGUCAUCUUCAAACGAUGCAAACGAAUCGUUAUUUGUUACGUCUCCGACCACAACCGCUGCCGUGGCCGAGGAUCGAUGGGUUGAAUUAACCAUUAUGUGCAUCAAAAGCAUCAUAUUCGGCACUAUAAUUAUCGGUGCUGUGCUAGGAAAUGCAUUGGUCAUCAUUUCGGUCCAACGAAAUCGUAAAUUACGUGUGAUAACCAAUUAUUUCGUUGUAUCGUUAGCAAUGGCUGACAUGCUGGUCGCUCUCUGCGCCAUGUCAUUUAAUGCACUGCAGAAUUUGCACGGAAAAUGGAUUUUCGGCCCAUUCAUGUGUAACGUGUAUAAUAGCCUCGAUGUGUACUUUUCGACUGCAUCAAUUUUGCAUCUAUGUUGUAUAUCUGUGGAUCGCUACUAUGCAAUCGUCCGGCCGCUGGAGUAUCCACUUUAUAUGACAAAUCGCACGGUGUUCUUUAUGCUGGCAAAUGUAUGGCUACUGCCAGCUUUAAUCUCAUUCACACCAAUUUUUCUGGGCUGGUACACAACUACCGAAUCGUUAAAAUACCAAAGCGAACAUUCUGACGAAUGUAUAUUCGUUCCAAAUAAAACGUAUGCAAUAAUUUCAAGUUCGGUUAGUUUUUGGAUUCCGGGCUUAGUGAUGAUCACUAUGUAUUGCCGCAUUUACAGGGAAGCGGUACGUCAGCGAAAAGCACUGAGUCGAACGAGUUCGAAUAUCCUUUUGAAUAGCGUUCAAAUGGGUCAUAAUACACAUAAUUUUAACCAAUAUCAUCACAUUAACUAUAAUAAUCAUCCCAGUGACUGUGACCUAAAUUUGAAGCUUAAGGAUUUAAAGGAGGAGAGCAGUCAGCAUUCGUUCAGUAAUAUUGAGGUUCAACUGGUUGAUAAUAUGGCAGCGGAUGAUGGUGAUGCAGACAUUUUGCGGGUACCGUCGCCACCGCAACGUCGAUUGAGUCGAAGUAGCAUCGAUUUACGGGACUUGGAACAACAACAAUUACAGCCACACGAUCGUGUUGUGCAUACAGACAGUGCCCCGUCGAUGAUUGCAUUGGAAAACUUUUAUUUGAAGAGCAGCAGUGGUAAAAAUAAAUCCGAAAGCUUUUUUCAACCGCUCAUUUCGAAGACAAAUUUCUUGAACAAGCCCUUGGAAUGUUUUCAUACGCGUCGCAACAACAACAACAAAAAACCAAAUGUCAUUGAUACGCUCACCAUCGAAAGUGAUAACGAAGACCUUGCACGUUUUAUCGAAGAUAAUUAUCAAUAUUUCAAAAAACAAAACGGUGGCUUAUCAUCGUCCACAUCGCCAGUUAUCGCCGGCUUUCCUUUGGCUUCGAACAAAGCAGCUGAACGAGCAAGCCGAAAUCUUCAACUACAAGCAUGCAGUGAUCCCGAUUUUCUAACAUUGAAGAAUAACAUCGACUGUGAUUGCGGCGUUAGUGUUACCGCCUGCGAGAAGAAAAUUAAGAGUAAGAAAAUGGCAGCGAUUAGUGAUUCACUAAUUUGCGAGCAAAAGAGCUUCGACGGGAAUUUUGGCAAUAAAUCGAAAAAAUUCAUAUUGAAAUCGAAAAUUCCUUUCAAGACAAUUCUCAAUGGAAAAUUUCCCAAGGCCAACAAAUACAAUUCGUUGGAUCAUCCAACAUCGGCCACUGUUUUAUCACUAGCAACAACAAUGAUAACACCAACAGCAAUGUCGGCCAAUGUCACCACCACCGAUCCGAUGAUGGCAACCAGUUCAGAUCUAAUCGCUGCUAAUUUACAACAAGAUCCGGCUCAAAAUAAAAAAUAUGCUCAAAAAGGUCUUAAUAAUCACUUAUCUCAAUCCCUGAAUGGAUGUUACCUCAGUACGAAAAUUGACCCAGCAACUCAAUCAAAAUCCAUACAACGCGUUCGGAGCGAAGGCAACGAAACGUCAGCACACAACGCCGAACAGAAACAUCAUCCAAAAUCGAAUUAUCAACGCCAGUCGACACAGCGGUUCCAUCAAUCGUACGACGCCUUCGACAUGUUCGUCAAAUUGUUCCAAUGCGAAAAAAAUAAUAAGAAUAUGUGUGAUAGGCAAUCGACGACCAACAAGUUUAAUUACAAAAUUGUUGUUAACGCUAAGGAAUUCGACUAUCGAGAUAGUAUUUUAGAUCAUUUUUCGCCGAAUGCAAUUGCAAUAGCGUCCGCAUCGAUACCCAACCAAAAUGCAAUCACCGCCAGUGACAGUUUGGAGAAAAUUCCGCUUGCAAUGGACGACAGCGCAAAGUCAAAUGCAAAAGCUGAAAUUUUGCUUGAAAAUGUCUCCAGGGUGAGUAGUUUGAGUGUUGUUGCCGAUCAAAAAGUCACAGCGAAUCGAAGUGAACUGUACGAAGAGAAUCUAUUGUUCAAUAUAAAUGCGGAUGUCAGUUUACAAACGGGUCACGUUUUGGUGAAUAAUUUAGUAAUCACAUCGCCGCCAGUCACGCCAAAACAAUUGCUCAGUCCAAAAACGAUGAACAAAGAGCAACCGCCAUCUCAUUCGCCGCAGAAUUAUUUUUCGUAUUCACAGCAUCAUUUGAGUCCGCAUAUGCUAAGUGCGGACACUACCAGCAUGUCAAUGGAAACAAUGGUUGGUGUAAACAAUUCACCGUUAGAGCAACUAGUUAGCCUGAGAACUGAUUCUGAUACAUUUAUGGUGGUGCAAGAUUUAAAAGUGCCAGAUAUAGCAAGUGUAAACGUACGCUCCGCCAGCUCGUCGACACUUAAUAAUGGUAAUGCGGCCGAGCAACAUUUUAUCAAAAACGAUUUAAUGUUAAUCAAUUCAAGGCCAAAAUGUGAUAAAAAUAAUAGUGGUGCUACUGGAAACAUGGGCAGCGGUCGUAUUCGCAAGCCAUCGGUUACGUAUGACAUCAAUGUUAUCAAUAAAUCGCAAGACUUUAAUAUCGAUGACAUUUGCCCGCAGAGGAGCAGCUAUGCAGCACGAUCCGGGUCCACCACAUCAACAAACCAUAAAUCUGCUGGAGCAAAAUGUGUAUCAACCACAACGAUACAGAGACGUGGUGCCAUAUGCAUUAUAGUAAAUAAUCCAGACGAGGAUAGCCAUUGCUCUGACAAUAACGUUGACAAUGUCGGUGAAAACAAUUCAGAUGACUUUGGCAAAGCAUCGGACAUAGAAUGCAGCGCAACCGAAUGUCGUGUUCAAGUUCAACCAACGAAAUUACAAUUUUGGCACAAUCUGCGUGCGAUCAUGGUGACACAGCGGCAGCAACGUCGCAAAAGCAAGAAAAAACCACGAAAAAAAUCGAAAAGCAAUAGCAAGCCGUAUAAGUGCCAGGGCAAUUAUCCGAAGACUUCUCGCAAAAGCAAUAGUAAAAACGAUGGAUCAAUACGUCCGGCAAAAGGAUGGCGUGCUGAGCACAAAGCGGCCCGCACCUUAGGCAUCAUAAUGGGUGUAUUUUUGUUGUGUUGGCUUCCGUUUUUCCUCUGGUAUGUGACAACAUCGUUGUGCGGCGAAUACUGCCCUUGUUCUGAUCUACUGGUGGCCAUCCUAUUUUGGAUCGGAUAUUUUAAUUCCAUGCUAAAUCCAUUAAUUUACGCUUACUUCAAUCGAGAUUUUCGUGAUGCUUUCCGUAAUACGUUGGAAUGCGUGUUUUUAAACUGCUGCUGGGCCAAAAAGACACCGUAUAACGCAUACUAUGUGUAAUCUUUACCUCCGACGUCUACACAAGUUUUUUUUUUUUAUUAUAUUUGUUCAACGCUGGAAUUGCAUUCUUAACCUAUUUACAAAUAAGUACGGUUAAUGUUUCAGUAUUCCUCGUUUGAGUAUUCAGAUGACAUUGAAAUAAGUAGGAAACAACCAAAUGAAAGCAGAAACGUAUUGAAUGCGCUGCCUUUGUUCUGUAAAGAAAUAAUUUCAAAUUUUCGUUCGAAUCAAUCACAAAUUGUAAUUUACAAAUUUCACACAAUUUAAUCGGAACGUUGGCACAAAUAAAUGAAAUCAGAUUGGCGUGCAAGGUUCAGUGUUUUUAUACUUUUUUGAUAUGGUGAGUUCCAAUGAUUUUGUAGAUUAAAGAAUAUUCUUCUAAAAAAAAAAGUUCCACAAAAAUGCUUUAUGCUGAACAGUAGGCAAAUUAAAUAACAAGAAAAAAAAAACCAAAAUAAAUAUGGUAUAUAAGAUAAAAGAAGCAAACCAAAGAUGUAUUUACGAAGUGUUAUUAUCGAUCAUAUCACUAAAUAGAAAUGCAAAGUGCAAAAGAAGUUUAAAUCAUAUGAUAAGCAGACAUUAGUUGAUAAUAAUAGCAAUUACGUCUGCGUCUCCUUUUCGGUCUGUGAAUAAAAACGUGUAUUCCUAUCAAUGAGUAGUAGAGAUGUGUUUACCUCAGCGUCAAACUCUUGUUACAUAAAAAGUAGAAAAAAAAUCAUAGCAUGCGAGCGAAUCGUAUGAUAUGCCGUCCGGCACAUCGACUGGCUAAGGUCCCCAUUCACAAACACAAACACAAAGCACAACCACUGUGCGUUGGAGCAGUGAAUCUGAAUAUAUACUUUUAUUAAACUUAAUGCAAAACAGUAAACUUCAAAAUGCUUAGUAAAAUAUAAUGCGUAUAAAUCGAACAAAAACAAACAAA